AUGGUUUGCAAUUACUUCCCCAUGGAUCCCAUAGCAUGUAUAAGCAAAACCGAAGGCAUAAUGUGUAAAUUCCUCAAUUAAUCACUUAGGUCAAUUUAGUGUUUUUGACAAUGCUUGCUUACCAAUUCACAGUACGAAUGUUGGAUGUAUACCUUAAUUAAACAAAAUGGCAUGUUUAAAUUAACUAACGAAUAGUGAUGGCAAUGAAGCAAGAUGUAUGAUGUUUGAAGUUAUCAAAGGUUAUUUUGGGAAACGAUGUAUGGAUGCACAGCAAACCCAUUUGAUGAAUUUGGGAUGUUCAAAAUAGCUUUCUCGAAAUUCUUGCACAAAUGUGAUAGGCAAGGAUUGUCUUUGGAAUGGAAAUAAAUGCACGGAGACUUCAGAGAGGGCAUUGGAGAUUGCAUAUUGCUCUGAGGUUUAUAAGGCUCCAGUAACAGCAAGUCUUUGUUCGAAGAUAAAGGGAAUCAAUUGUAAGAGCAGCUAAUUUGAAGGGGAUUAUGCUUGCAUUAAUGUAAAGGAUGAAUAGAUUUAAUAUUUAAAAUGCAAUACUCCUGGUUUGAAUGAAGAUGCUUGUGUUAGGAUUACAGGAUAAAAAUGUAACUGAUAUGAGUAAGCUAGGCAUUUUUAAAAACAUGAUGUGUUAGGAGUCGAAUGAAAUGUCUGGAUGUAAUGAUGCUGUAAAUAAGGAAUUGUGUUUAUCUGUGAAGGAUCCAAAUCUGACAUGUUAGUGGUAUAAAAACAGAUGUUCGGAAGCAAUCUUGAAAGAAACAAUGAAAUGUUAGGAUUAUACUGAAGUAAAUCCUACUGUUUGUGCAAAAUAGAAGGGCUAGUGUCAAUAUCAGGAUGGUAGAUGCAUAGUUCCGAAAAGCGCAGAUUAAAGUUGUUCAGAUUUAGGUUUGAGCAAAGAAACGUGUUUGCAAGUUAAAGAUGAUUAUUGUUAAUUCAUUAAUGGUUAAUGUAAGAGAUUAGAAAGUGACGAAUUAAAUCACGUUCUUUGCACUAAUUUAAAUUAGGAUUCAUGUGUGAAUGUAACAACUUAGUUUUAGUUUUGUAAAUGGACAGGAUCAGAAUGUGUUUCUAUUUUUAUAAAUCAAGACCUAGAUUGUCCAAUAUUAGAUGUAGACAAGAAUGUUAGAUUUAAUGGAAAUGUGUGUAGGGCUAUCUCUAAGCCUGGAGUUAGAUGCAAAUACAACGCAAGAAAAUCCUUAUGUGAAAAGAGUAUAGAUAGUGAUGAUUGCACAACUUCCUAUUUAAAUUUAUAUGGAUGCACUGCCAUAUUAGGAAUGCCCUGUAAAUGGACUGAUAGUGGGUGUACUGUGGCAUAGAUUACUUAAGAAAUUACAAGUUGUUUAGAAUUAGGAUUUGCAAAUCAAGUGGCUUGUUCUUAAGUAAUUAAAUCAGAUGAGGAUGGAUGCUAUUUUGAUAUUAAUGCCUAAUAGUGCAGAUUAGUCAAUGAUUAGUUGCUCAAACAGAUCGAAUGUACAGGUAUGGGAUUAAGUAGAAUUGCAUGUGCUCAAGUAGUAACUGAAGGUCAGAUCUGUAGAUGGUAUAAUAACUCAUGUCAACAAAUAAAAACUAAAUAGGAUGUUUCAUAAGUAUUCUGUUUAUAAAUGCAAUACGUCAAUCCUGCUGCUUGUGCUUUGGUUGAUGCAGGCAAAGAAGUCUGUAGAUAUGAGCAAGUAGCUAAGGGGUGUGUAAAUAGUUUGGAUACUGAAACCAUGACUUGCACAUACCCAGGAUUGAAUGCUUAUGCUUGUGCUUAAAUUUAACUUAAAAGUUGUUAUUAUGAUAAAGUCUAAUGGUAAUGCAAGUAAAUUUAAGUGAUAUCUGCCAAUUAUCUUACUAGAAAGUUGACAGAACAAUUAUUAUUGAAUUCUGAUUGUAUAAAUAGUUCACCUACUCCUGAUGUUUGUAGAUCUAUUACUAAAGUUGGACAGAAGUGCACUUGGUUGUUUAGGGAAAGCAGAUGCUCAACAUAAUUUAUUACAUUCAACGAAAGUUGUUUGGAUUAUAAUUCAGCUUAUACUGGCAAAAAUAUUUUAAUAAAUCCUAAUGUGUGUGCUUCCAUUGAAAUGGAAUUGCCAGAAUAUGAUGCAGUCAAGGGGCCUUUGAUUGAUAAAAUGAAGGGCUAUUGCAUUUAUGAAGGGGGCAAUUGCAAUGUCUUCAAAGCUAUUUGUGCUACUCCUUGUUGUACUGAGUUUAUUGGUAUCAAUUCCCAUGUUUGUGGACGAUUUUCCACAGGUUAGUAUUGCUACUUCAGUAAUGAAUUGAAAUGUACAGAACUUACUAUGGAUGUUGUAGAUAUCACAGUUGAAAAAUAAGUUAAGGAUUUUUACAAUUCCCAAUAGCUUAAAUGUUCAUCUAUGAAUAAGAAUUCAUGUCAUAUGAUUGAGUGGUCAACUUAGCAACAUUGCUAUUAUAAUGGAAAUUUGUGUGUCAAUGUUAAUUUUAAUUUGUUCCCAAAUCUGAACAUUUUCACUGAACCUACACAAAUCUUGAAUAAAUAUGCUUGCCUGUCUAUUGAGGCCAUGAUAACAACUCAAAAUUCAGUGAAAUAUUUCGGAUAUUAGGAUAAACAUUGUAUUGCAGAUCCAGUCAUAGUAGACUUAUUAAAUUGUGAAUCUACAGAAUUAAAUAGCAAUGCAUGUUUAGUUAAAUAUCCAGAUAUCCUAUGUAGAUGGAAUAAACAAGAACUAAAGUGUAAAAAUAUAGAAUCUGAAUACGUAUCAACUUUGGAUUAUUGUGAUUAAUAUUUGAAUGAGUUUGGAUGUGUAAAUAUUUAAAAGGCAAGUUGUUUUUUUUCUUACAUAAUUGAUAAAUGCGUUGAUGCACCCAGAGCUGUCUCAUGUGGUUAUUUUGGUUCUACAACAGGGAAGGUUAGUAAAUUGGCUUGCAUGAACAUUAACUUAGAUGGAUAAAUCUGUGGUUAUGAUGAAGUUAAUCAUGUGUGUGUAGAUAUACUAACAGAAUCUGAUAAUUGUGAUUUGGCAGAUGGAAAUUCCAUUGCAUGCUAUUCAAAAACAAAAGGAGAUUGUAGAUGGAAUGACACAGAUAUGUAUUGUUAUGAAAAUGAUAAACCAAUUGAUAAAUUGGGAUGUGAAGAUGAUGUGAGCAAGGAAUUAUGUUUAAAAAUAGAUUCAGAGCCUUGUGAAUGGAAUGCUCUCAAAAUGAGGUGUAUAAAAGUGAGAAGUGUGAUGGCUUCUAUGAUUUCUCCAGAUAAUCUGUAUAAUGCAGAAGCAUGUGUGUCAGUGUUUGGAGCUCCUUUUAAAUUUGAUAAGGAUUUAAAUAAAUGCAUCCAAAUAGAUCCAUCAGAAACUAACAUAAUUUGUGAUGGAACAUAGAUUUUAAAUGUAGAUGCAUGUUUAUUUAGUACAAUAAAUUAAAAAUGCUAUUUUGAUAAGUCUUAAACAGCGUAAAAGAGAUGUCAAACAUUUUUAGGAGUUCAAACUACUUGUGAAUCGCCUUAUUUAAUCAGUUUAUAAAUGUGCAGUGAAGUACCACAAUCCUGUUAUUUUGCUAAAUCGACUUAUGAGUGCAAAUAUAUAAGAAUUGAUGAUUCCAUGAAAUGCAGUCAGCUUAGAGAAUAAUCAGCUGAUAAUCUUUAUAAUAAAAUUGCUUGUGCUUCUAUUAAUUACGACUUUCAAGAAUACAUCGGUGAAUUACAAUGCUAGAAAUCAGGGGAUCCUUUAAAGAAACCAGAUGAUCAAUUCAUGUAGUAAUGCAGGGUCGAAAAGUACUGCAAGUGGGAUUCUGAUAUUAAUACUUGUUCAAUUAUGGCAUUGAAAGAUUUGGAGUGGAUGUAAGAGUAUAGAUGGGUUACAGAUAAAAAUGGAGUCACAUCCCAAUAAUUAUUUUAAUGGUGUGAGGAUACAGCUAUAGUUUAUUAGGCAGAUGAUUGUCGUAAUAUAUUUAGUAAAGGAGUGUGUUUACAAUUAUCAUCUUAAUGUGUUUUUGAUCUGACUAUGGGAGGAUGUUAUAACAUCGAAGACAAUGAAUAAUAAAUUUUAUCAUGUGAAAAUGUUAUAGGUUCCAAUUGCUUAAAAUCCAGAAAUCCUAAUGCCCCUUGCAUUAUAGAUAAUGAUAACAGUGUAGAAUUUCCAAAAAUCAGUUCAUGCAGUGGUUUUCCAAAUAAAAAAGAAUAAAUUUGCAAAUAGACUGCUCCUAGCAAAUGCAAGGAUGCUUAAGAUUUAGGUAGUGUCAGUCCUAUUGUGUGCAGUAGAGUUAGUGAUAACUGCUAUUACGAUGGAACAAAAUGUUCAUCUGAUACAAAGAAGAAGAAAUGCAAUGAAACAUUUAGUUAUAAUGCUUGUCUUUCAAAUGGAUGCGAUUUUACUUUAGGAUACUGUUAAUAGAAGUUCACUCUUCCUUCAUUCGAUUAAGAUAGUCCGUUCUACCUUUAUCAAUGCUAAUACAUCAACAAAUUAACUAUCAAACCUAUUGUAAAAAGAAAUAUUUGUGCAUAAAUGAAUUUUCCUUGUGCUUUUCAAAAUGAAUUAUGUGUUUCAGCAGCUCAAGUAACCUGUUCUUCAUUAACUAAUAUAUAUGUUACCUUAAAGACUUGUAUCUAUUGCUUAAAUGAUGCAUAUGCUUAUGACUCAACAACAUAGCAAUGUAAUCCAUUAUUAAUUGCUUAAUCAGGAUGUGACAAUACAAACUAGUAUGGAUGCCUAUCAAUGACGACAGGAAAGAAUUGUGCUUGGUCAGGAAUCAAAUGUGUAGAAUAGAGUGAUAUAAUUGUGGAAUCCUUAACAGAUUGUUCCUUAACUAAUUCAUAUGGAUGUCCAAAGGUAAAAAAUGCUUGUUGGGUGUCUCCAUCAACUAAAUUAUGCUCGAUAGUAGAUGUAUAUUCAGACUGUUCUUUGAUAAGAAAACAAAAUGGUAAUCAACAAGCCUGUGUAAUUAGCAAUUAGCAAUCAUGUCAAUGGUUAAAUGGAUAAUGUGAAGAUUAUCCACUCGACAGUUUGGAUUGUUCAAAGGCUAACAAAUUUGGUUGUUUAAAUUUGAACAAAGUUUCCUGUGGUUGGUCAGACCAAUAUCAAAUGUGUUAUGAAAUCGACCCCAAACUCUCAGUAAGUAAAUGCUCCGACUUCUUUAACAGCAGCAAGAAUUUAGUAAAGUUCAAUUCGAGAUCCUGUUAAUAGAUUCCUGGAUUGGCAUGUUUUCGAGAUAGAACACUCAGAUGUAAUUCGAUAGGAGUCAAAGAUAAACCUUCUUGUGAAGCUACUGGGUUGAAUUAUUUAGGAUGUAUCAUAUAUUCCACAGGAUAUUGCUAAUUUAUUAAUGGAUAAUGUGUGAGUAUCAAAGAUUUACAAUAAGUGUCUUGCACAUCCAUAAUCAAUAAGGUUGCCUGUUUUAGUUUGAAUAAGACUUGUAAAUUUGAUAAUAAUGAGUGUUCAGAUUACGAUGUGAGUUCAUUUACCACAAUUGCAGAAAUAACUGUCAAAAUGUCUUAUCCUUAUUCCCCUUCAGUAUGUAAAGUGUACAAAGAAUUGGAGGGACAGACUCUUCAAUUAUUUUAUGAUGAAAUAAAUGGUUGUUGUGUAAAUGCAAACUAAGAUAAGCCAUUCAUUUAUAGUUGCAAAACUCAAGGUUUGAAUGAGAUUACUUGUUUAAAAUAAACCAAAAGUCUUUGUUAAUACUCUCAGAAUUAAUGUAUGGACUUAUCAACAUCUGACUUGAAGAAAGCAUAGAAUUGUGAUCCUAAAUUCAAUUGGAACGCCUGUGCGUCUGUGAAAUUGAAAUGUAAAUUCUAUCAGAAUUAAUGUCAAUCUGUAAGAGAUUCUGAAACUUGCAUUUCAUUGGCAGGAAUAAUAGUGUCUCCUUUGACUUGUUCAAGUCGAUCUGCAUCUACAAUAGCUUGUAUAUAUGAUAGUGAGACUCAUUCGUGUGUUACAACUACUAAUACCAAUCUUACAUGUACACAGAAUGGAUUAGAUCAAUAUGGUUGUCAAAUGAAUACUCAACAAGAGUUCUGUAGAUUCAAUGAUUUAAACAGCACUUGCAUGCCUACAUACGAAACUAAUUUGAAUUGCCAACACUUGACCAAUAAAAACAAAUGCUUAUUCAUAAAGACUCCAAAGUAAUACUGCAAAUUCGACAAUGGAUGUGUCUCAUUACAACCAACAUAAGUCAUUGAUUGUUACAAUCUUACUCCAACAAAUCCAAUGACUUGUACUGCAGCAGAAACUGUAGCAUGCAAGUAUGACAAGGUAAACUUAACUUGUGUCUCUGUCCCUGGCGCUAUGAAUGAUGAUGAACCAUGGUCCAAUGUAGUUUCCUUUAAUCAAGCUGCCUGUAUGAAAUAUCAAACUGGCAACACUCAAGUAAUAUACUCAACAGAAGGGUGCGUCCUUGUUGAUCCCUAAUCCCUAAGUGAUUUGACUUGUGAUUAACCUGUCAAUCAAUUUACCUGUUCCUACAUCACCAAUCCAACCCAAUAUUGCAUAUAUUCCAGUUACAAGUGUUAAUACAUAAUACCCUCUAAUAUACCGGUGAAGUCUUGCACAAGCAUUGGUUAUGUAAAUAGAUAAGAGUUCUGCGAAUAAGCCAACGAUGUUCCAUGUAAAUUCAAUUCUUACACUAAAUAAUGUGAAUAAAUAGAUAUAGUGGCUGAACCACUGACUGCUUGCAUCAGAGGAAUCAAUAAAGUUGCCUGUGAUUCUCUUGCCACUUGUCAAUUUGAUUAGUUCUGUCUAGACAUCACAGCUAGUUGUACAGGUGGCUCUGAUUGUGGAAGUGUGAAAGUACAACCUUGUAAAGUAGUCAGUGGCAAUUGCAUUCUGGCUACAGAUUUGGAUACUCUUUAAUGCGAUUAAGUUGCCAACAAAUUAGCUUGCAUAUCUAUUACAACUCCAUAACAAUAUUGUCAAUUCGCUAAUUCAUAGUGUAGUCUUUAAAUUUUGGAUGAUUUUAAAUAAUUAAAUUGUGAAACCAUUGUCAACAUCAACUCGCCUUACUUUUGUGAAUAGCCUACUGAUAUUCCUUGUAGAUAUAAUCAAUUUGAGAAUAGAUGCAUUGAAUCGCAAUCAACAGAUAAUUUAGAUUGUAUUCGAGGUCUCAAUGAAGAUGCUUGUUUAAAUAACACCAAAUAAGAUCUCAGAUGCAGAUUCGCUGAUUUAUGCUAUGGACCUACCCAACCUAUGUUUGAUUGUGAUUAAACCAUUUUCGAUUGUUGCAACAAAGCUCCCAAUAAGAACACUUGUUUAUUAUAGGAUUUAAUGAAAUGCUAAUGGAAUGGUACUCAAUGUGUUAAAUAUGAUACUCCAAUCACUUCUUGCAACUUGACUAACACAUCUAAAUUAACAUGUGUGCAAUCUAGUGAUAAGAAUUGUGUUCUUGACCUCUAGACAUCCUCUUGUCAUCAAAUACUAUCACCAACCUCUUGCGACUAACUGUAAUCUAAAAAUUAAUGUAAUUCUGUUUAAAUUCUACCUUGUGUUUGGUUAAAUGAUUCGUGUAAAUAUCAUUCAUCAAAUGCAUAUGAACUCUGUCAAGACAUCACUAAUCUGAAUGGUUCUUCAAGAGCAUGUCUUAAUGUAAUAAGGAGUGGGUAAAUGUGUCAAUUUAAAGAUGGAACCUGUCGAUCAUAUGAUCACACCACUGAUAAUUGCUUAGAUAAUAUUAAUAAAGUUGCUUGUAUUAGUCAAACAAAAACGUAAUGUAUGUGGAAAACUCAAAUGCAACAAAUCAAAAUAAUCAGAUCCUCUGAUCCUAUUGAAGUUGAAUUCGGAUCAUGUCAACCAUAUAUUCCAACUCAAAGCCAAAUUUGCAAUGAUAAAUUAAGUUACUUAUCUUGUUUAUCAAUCACAACACUUAAACAAUUCUGCAAAUGGUAUAAUGGUUAAUGUGUUCAAAUUGCUGAAACCAAUUAAAUUGUAACACCAACCACACAUUUAUUAGUUAAUGUGAAUGCAUGUUCAUUGGUUAAUUCUGUGCCUGUUUAUUACAGUCCAUUAUAAGCUCUAUGUAUUCCACUCUAAAAUGGCGAUUAGAUCUCUUGCUUACCACCAACUCCUGGUUUAAACAUGAAAGCUUGUCUUUCUAUCACUAAACAAACAUGCAAAUGGAAUUUUGACAAACGAUAAUGUGAAUACUCGUAAUCUUAAAAAUUUAGACAUCUUUGA